CCAGCUGUCCUCUUCUUCAGUACUGGGAGCUCUGUAGGUCUGCGGAGUCGCCGUGCAGUGACGUCAUCACGGAACAAGAAGGAUACCUUGGUCGGGGGGAGAAAAAAUCCCAAAAGAAACACCACCACCACCACAAACAUUUCCUGGAUAAAUACAUGCCCAGCAUCGGCCGUAAAAGAAAAAAAAAAAAAAAAAAAACCUCACCGGAAAACGGAGGCACUAACAGAGUUGACGUUAAGACGUGAAGGUGAAGCGCGCGACGCUGCGUGGUGAAAGAUUCCUCGAUGCAUCCGCUCUGCGCGCGCGGAACUAUGAAGUCCGAGAUCAGCGCCGCCGUCGGUUUCCUGUCCAGGUUCCUGCGCGUGAAGGGACUCGUGAACGACCGACAACUUCAGACGUUCAGCCAGAUUCUCCAGGACAUGAUGGCAGAGCAAUACAAGCACCACUGGUUUCCUGAUCGGCCGUGCAAGGGCUCGGGCUACCGCUGCAUCCGGAUCAACCACAAGAUGGACCCGCUGGUGGGCCAGGCGGGCCAGCGCAUCGGCCUCAGUACGCAGCAGCUCUACCUGCUGCUGCCCAGCGAGCUCACGCUUUGGGUCGACCCGUUCGAGGUGUCGUACCGCAUCGGCGAGGACGGCUCCAUCUGCGUCCUUUACGAAUCGCCGCCCAGCACCGGCGCUAAUGGAAACGCCAGCGUCCACGCUUCCACUGGAACCGCAAGCUCCGCCUCAUCCGUGUCGUCCAUGCUGGAUAGUCACAUCAGCUGCAAGGAAGAACUGCUGGUGCUCGGCCGAACCAGCCCGGCUAAGCCCUACAUGAUGACCGUGUCCAGUUAGAGUCGCGGCUCGUCGUGUUUUUUUUGUUUUGUUUGUUUCUUUUUAAAUAAUGCAAAAAAAAAAAGAGGAAAAAAAAAUCAUGAAAGAGGAGAAAGAAAAAAAAAAAAAGCAGAGGAUGUAACCUAAUGUUCAGGCGAUGGAAACCUCACAGGUUUAAUUGCGCUCGUUUUUGGUUGUCUGUUCUUUGUGUGUUGAAUCAACCAGAGGCUCAGACCCUGGGGCAGCUAUGAAGGCGUGAGAUAUCGCCCCGCUUUCUGGAAUAGACUGGUCCGAGUGGCCGGGCUAGGGGCUUUUACUCGUGUCCAUCAAUGGUGACUUUGCACUUUUGCUCUCUUUUGUUAGUUUCACCGCUUCGCCAACACCGAAAUCUUAACAAACCAAAAACGGUUGCUCUGAAGCCCAGGUACCGGCAGCUGCGCUGGUGCCGAGGGGAUCGGUUUUGAGAGAAAUGUAUCUUUUAUUUUUUUAGCGCUCCAUGAGGCACUGUUUUUGUUUUCAAUCCUCCCAUCUCAGCGCCGGAGUUACUGCUGUUGCCAGCGUUUGACCUCCUCCUCCUCCUCCUCCUCCUCCUCCUGGGCUUCUGACCAACCCAAAGUUUGAGCAAAACUCCCUUCUCCGUUUGAGUCCUGUGGGGAAAAGCCCUCGUCCUUCGCGCUGCUGGUCGCGGCUCUCGCCUUCCCAGCGCCGUGACAGAAAUGUCGUCGUUUCCCACUAGGGUAUCGGUUCCACUUCAUUUCACCGUCACUGGGAGACCAAUUUCAUUCUGUGGCGCCAAACGAAAGACGUAGCGUAGUUGUCCCAGUCUCCUAGACUGCUUAGAAUGCACUUUUUGACGUGGACAUGGCGUGGAACGUUAAUUUAAAAAUAAUAAUAAUAAUCCAACACUUACAUUUGAUUUUUUUUUUUCUUUUUAUGUAGCGUCGUGAACGCGCUUUAUCCCCAGACGACAAACCGCAGACCAACAGAGUUGAAGGGGGAAAAAAAGUGACCAUCAACUGGUGUAUACCGGCCCGGGGGGCUUCAUGCAGUUUUUAAACUUUCCAGUGGUUUUAAUCCGAGACCAAGGUGUGCGAGAGGAGCGCUUUGCUUGUGUGAGUUUAUUAUUAUGAGCAGUGGGAGUGUUGACGAUCCUGCACUGGUGUGUGUGUGUGUGAGUGUUGAAGAUAUGAUAACCAUCAUGCGUUUUGGUUUUUAUGCCUAAACCGGCAAGGCUAGUCUAUUCCUGUGCCCGUUCGAAGCGGGAGCAGGUGUUUCUCCGCCAUUUUCCUCGCACCGUGUGCGUCUCUGCCAAGCCUGGCUGUGUCGCCUGCUAAUGGAAGAGCGGACCGUUAGGCGUGCUGGAGCGCACUCUUCUCUCACACACACACCUCCCUCCUCAGGCUGGGUGCAUGUGGAUGAUGUGGAUGAGGGGGGGUAGGGGGUCACACACUAGACCAGGGCAGCUACAAUCCCUUCCCCCUGAUACCCCUCAAACCCCACCCCCCAAAUCACCGCGUAUACACUGAACAGCCGUGAGGAGAGGCCAGCCAGCACGCACACACACACACACACACACACACACACACACACACACACACUGAGUGCACUCCAGACCCAGAGAGAGAACAGAUCUAACUGGCUUCGGCUCACGGUGGUGCUGACGGACGGAUUCGUGUUGAUCUGUUCACGGUAGAUCAGAUACACACUAAUGUGGGUGGGACAAGAUCUGUGUGUGUGUGUGGGGCGAUGAAGCCAAGACGUUGAUGCACCAUUUUCUCUCUCUCUCUCUCUCUCUCCCAUUAGUUUGUCCUACUCUUCUCCAGCAGUAGCACGCAGGCGUAGACGCUAAUAUCUUUCAACCCGGCUGACGCAGUUUCACAUCACGGGUUAGUAAAUGCGAACUGACGAGCCCGAGGCAGGCGGACGUACCACGCUCUCCGGACGUUUAUGCGGUCUCGGACAGACGGCCAGCCAGCACUCGCCCCUGACUAUUCAGAGGGAGGAUUUUUAUUUUUAAUAGCGCGUCUCCCCCAAUUCGGACGUUUUCACAACCUACGAUUUAGAACAGCACUCGCAUCACUCCUGCGUCCCCCUCCCGCCAAGCCCCCGCACGCCCGAACACGUAGAACCCGCAGGCUUCAGCGACGUCGGACGUUCAGAGGAAAGAGCACACGUAUAAAAUGCACUAUGUUUCCGACGCUGAAGUUGCGCGACACCGAGAUGCGAGAAGUCUCUCUACAAGGAAUGUAUUGCCAAAACUCAGGCCUCAGACAUUCAGCGAAUCCCUUACGGAUACGUGCGUGUUGGAAGGGAAUUGCGUUCAUUUGUGUCGUUUAUUGUUUUUUUUUGUUGUUGUUUUUUUUUUUUUAAAUCAAUCUUUUCGACAACCAGUGGAAUUAUUGUCACUUUCACACGCGAGGUGUUUUCUAACGUGUCUGUAGAACGUAUCGUAGUGGUAACAGCGUCUCGUAGAAUACAGACGUAACAUUUACGCAGAGGAAGGUGCCAAUAAUUUAGACCUCGGAAGUAUUUCCUUUGGGUCUUAACACGGAUCGCUCUUUCAUAAACGAAGCCAUUUGUGGCAGGAGUGUUGGCGAGGACCAAAGUUGUUUUGGUAUAUUAAUUGUUUCCAUGCUCUGUGCCAAUAGAUUUAUCCUUUGUCAUUUUUUUUUUUUUUUUUUUUUUUUCUUAUUAAAAAAAAUAAAAAAUACCCAGGGGAAAAAAAACAAAAGAAUCCACCCAAGACGCUUUGAAAAGUUGUCUACGUCGUGAUCUGUGUUUUUAUUUCUUUUCUUUUUCUUUUCCUUGGGUAUGUUUUUAAUGAACUGCUGUAAAUUUGUACAGUUCAUGUAAAUUGAUUGUGAGGAAGUUGUAUAGAUUUUCUAUAUUUUGGAGAAAAAAAAAAGUUUUUUGUUGUUUUUUUUUCCCACCCCACCCCCACCUUCCUUCUGUAAUAAAAGAUUUCCUAUCUUGGCAACGGUU